AUGUUUAGCGGGUCGAACGUUAAUCCGUUCGCGCUUCGGAUCACGCAAAAGAUGAACUCGCCCUCGCCCCUCGUGAAGCCAGGAGAAAAUAAGGCUAGAGACGGCGGCGCGAACGGAACUGCAACAGAGGCAGCGGCUGCGGCGGCGUCGGGGGCGGGAGCAGGGGCGGGGGCGGAGGUAGGGGGGGAUUCGGCGGCAGAUCAACUGUCCGCGGCACAAGAUGCGGCAGUAGACGGCAAUACCGGGGCCGAUCAAUCCGUCGUUUUAAGCACGCCGCGGCGGCCGCACGACCGUGCGAUGCAGCGCGAUAUGUCGCUCAUAGACGACGUGUUGCGACGGUCGGAUCUUCGCGUGUUCUCCUAUCCGGAGUUAAAAUCCGCGACUAAGGGGUUCUCGAACGAUCUGCUCCUAGGAGCUGGCGGGUUCGGGAAGGUCUUUAAAGGGGUAUUAAAACCGGGAAGCUCGCAGGGUUCGGGAGCGGCGAGCGCGGCGGCAAACGCGGCGAGCAACGUGCUGGAAAGCGCCGCAGCGGCAGUUUCGGGGGUAUCGGGAGGAUCAGCGGGAGGGGGGGCCGCUGCUGGGGGCGCGGUGAACGGCGGAGGGGUGGGGGAAGGGCGGAGGGCGCUGCAGCAAGAGGUGGCGAUUAAGAAGCUGGACUCCAAGAGCCUUCAGGGUCACAAGGAGUGGAUGGUGGAGGUGCGGCUACUCGGCCUAAUCGACCACCCCAACCUCGUCAAGCUCCUCGGUUUCUGUGCCGAGGGCCACCGCCGCCUCCUCGUCUACGAGUUCCUCCCCAACUCCUCCCUCGACCGGCACCUCUUUGCACCGCUCUCCACCACUGCCGCGGCUGCUGCAGCCACUAACAACACUAACAGCUACCACCAUCGGAGCGGCAGCAACCACCACAACAACCACCACAAUCACAAUGUGCAAGCGUCAUCUGCAUCAACCGCAUCGCACUCCUCCCACUCACACUCUUCAAAGAAAGCAGCAGCGGCGGCGGCAGCAGCGGUUCUGCCCCCGUUGGACUGGGCGACGCGGCUCAAGGUGGCGCUGGGGACGGCGAGAGGGUUGGCUUACCUGCAUGAGGAGGUGCAGGUCCCGAUCAUCUACCGUGAUUUCAAAACAUCCAACGUGCUUCUGGACGCGGACUUCUGCCCCAAGCUGUCUGAUUUUGGGCUGGCACGGGAAGGGCCCAUGGGGGAAGAGACACACGUGUCAACGCAGGUGCGCGGCACGGCAGGGUAUGCAGCUCCUGAAUACAUGAUGACAGGCCGUCUAACACCGAAAAAUGAUGUGUGGGCGUUUGGAGUCGUGCUUUUAGAGCUGCUCACAGGACGACCCUCCAUCGAUCAGCGCCGACCGCCACCGGAAGUCAAUAUAGUUCAAUUUGCGCGGCCGUACCUACAUAAUAGUGCAGAUUUAUCCAAGAUUAUGGAUCCUAGGCUCGGGGAUAAGUACCCCAAGCAAGCAGCUGCAAAGGUGGCGGAGUUGGCGAGAUGGUGCCUGGUGAAUGACCCGUUCAAGAGGCCGAUUAUGAGUGAGGUUGUGCAGGUGCUUACUUUCUUCCUGCUCGUGGUCCCUGAUCCAGAAACCGACUUCUUUCCAUCUUCACAGGCAUCCACCUCAUCCUCCCCACGUGCCGCCAUGGCUGCUAUCUCCAUGAGCAUGACCCCUAUGGUCCUGGCGGCCAAGGGAAAGGAGGAGGAGUCCUUCAUGGACUGGCUCGACAACGCCACCGUGAAGCGGAUCUCAUGGACCGAGACUGACUCGACCCUCGUGAGCAUUAGGGAGGGUAAGGGUUCCAGGCCUGGGACGCAGUCCAAGUCUGUGAAGAAGACGAAAGAGACGAAAGAGAGCAAGCCUUUCUGGAAGAAGUAA